AUGAGUCGCGGUUAUCCUAUCGAAGAUUUUUACGUAUAUGGAUGGUCAAUUUCGGGGAACGAAACCGCGAUUGGCGUCCAAAAACAUCGGAUGUUUUUUAUGUUUGAUGUCGGUAUUGCUCCUGCCUGGUCAGUGAAUGCUGAACACGUAUUCAUCAGCCACGGUCACAUUGAUCACAUCGGGGCUAUUUGUCAGCAUAUGAGAAAGCGGGAAUUAAAUCGACUACCUCCUGCUCUAUAUUACCUUCUUCCGAACUUGAUUGAACCAGUUAGGGCACUCUGUCGCGCUUUUGGUCAACUACAAGGUGAAGAAAUUUAUUCUUUACUUCAUCCACGCUUGGUGGAGAUGUCACCGGGUUCAUCAAUGAAAAUAAAUAGCAGAUGGUCGGUCGAAAGUUUCCCAACUGACCACGUCUGUCAAAGUCAGGGGUAUAUUCUUUUCCAUAAGGACUAUCACUCAGGAGUCCGCACAGCUGAAAUUGCAUAUACAGGAGACACUCGAUUUACAAUAUUCACUCAACCAGCCCACCGUGACAUCUUACGAGUUAGGCUUCUGAUAAGCGAGGUUACCUAUUUGGAUGAAAACCUAAGAAUGAAAGAGAAUGCAGAAAAGUACGGUCAUAGCCGCAUCCACGAGUAUGCCGAAAACGCAUACCUGUUUGAGGAGGUGGGUGCAUUGUUUCUUAUCCACUUCUCCGACCGAUAUUCUGUACCGGCAAUUAAGGAUCGCGUUUACGGGUACCUCCCGCCAGAGCUGGGAAGGAAGGUUUUUUGCUCCUUGACUGCGAAGAAGGCGAGCAGACUUGAACACAGCGCUUUCCCACCACCCUUGCAAUAA